GAGAGAGGAAGGAAGGAAGAAAAAAGGGAGGGAGGAAGAAAAGGAAAGAAAGAAAAAGAAAGAAAGAGGGCUUCUGGGUGCAAAUCUGCAGUAGCUCUUUCUCUUGGUGUGGUUGGAACAAGAAAAGCCUCCUGUUUCUUGUCCCCAAUUGGGGAUGUGCAUUCUGCCCAUGCCCUGGAGUAACCUUCUCUGUCUGCCUUACAAGUAGUCCUCGACUUACAACAGUUCAUUUAACAAUAGUUUAAAAAAAGGGAGUUAGGACCAUUCGAAAAUGGGAAAAAGUGACUUAGGACCGUGUUUUCACACUUACAACCAUUGUAGCGUCCCUGAGGUCAUAUGAUCAAAAUUUGGACCCUUGGCCACUGGUUCGUAUUUAUGACAAUUGCAGUGUCCUAUGGUCACGUGAUCAACUUUCGAGAUCUUCCAGCAAGCCAAGAGUCUGGGGAAGCCAGAUCUACUUAACAAUUGAACAAGUGGGGCAAGAAAGGGCGUAAAAUGGGGCAAAAUUCACUGAACUAAAUGUCUCACUCAACGACUGUACUUUCGGGGUUGAUGGUGGCCAUAAGUCGAGAACUGCCUGUGUUUUAUUUCCAGACCAUCCACCUUGCAAUUGUGCUGAGUUCAAAGUUGCAGUGAAAAGAUGGAUCCAGAAGAUGUUGAAGAGGUGGCCGCUGAAUUGCAAGGCAAGAAAAUAGAUGGCUGGGGCGUUUUGCAAAUUGCAGCCGGCACGGGCUUGACGGCUUAUGUCGUGUGGGCAGGAAUUCUAAUGCCCGGUUUCCGCAAGGUGCCCUUAAAACUGCAGGUCCCCUAUGUCCCAGCGAGUGCUAAACAAAUCGAGAACGUGAUGCAGUUACUCAAAGGACGUUCUGGGAAGAUCGUAGACCUGGGCUCCGGAGAUGGCAGAAUUGUCCUGGAAGCUUACAAGCGAGGCUUCAGGCCAGCUGUUGGCUAUGAGCUCAAUCCAUGGCUGUUGCGACUUUCCAGCUAUCGUGCGUGGAAAGCUGGCUGUUAUGGAAAAGUUUCUUACUAUAAAGAAGACCUUUGGAAGGUGAACUUAUCAGAUUGUCGGAAUGUAAUUGUGUUCCUGGCACCUAGUGUGCUGAUGCUUCUGGAGAAAAAGCUACUGAUGGAACUUCCAGAAGAAGCUCGGGUGGUGGCUGGGCGGUUUCCUCUCCCCAACUGGACCCAUACUGACACAGCUGGGGAAGGUGUGAACCAAGCCUGGGCAUACGAUGUCCAGGUGGCCCGGCAACUGAAGAAGGAUGAACCAGAAGGGAGUCCAGUGUGAGGGCAAGUCACCUUGGACAUGCAAAUUUCUCAAAAACAAAAAAACAAAACAAAAACACAACCACCCAUCUUUGCUGAGGUGUCCCUUUCUACAUUGGGAUGGGGUGUCUCCAUUUUUCCAUUCUCCAUCCGGUGGCACAGUGGUUAGACUGCAGUACUGCAGGCUACUUCUGCUGACUGCCGGCUGCCUGCAAUUUGGCAGUUUGAAUCUCACCAGCUCAAGGUUGACUCAGCCUUCCAUCCUUCCAAAGUCAAUAAAAGGAGGAUGCAGAUUGUUGGGAGCCAAGAGGCUGACUCUGUAAACCGCUUAGAGUGGGCUAUAAAGCACUGUGAAGCGGUAUAUAAGUUUAAGCGCUAUUGCUUUUCCUUUUCUCCUUCCUUCCUUCCCAGUGGUUAGAAUGCAGUAUUGCAAGCUAACUCUGCCCAUUGUCUGGAGUUCGAUCCUGACUGGCUCAAGGUUGACUCAGCCUUCCAUCCUUCCGAGGUGGGUAAAAUGAGGACCCAGAUUGUUGGGGGCAAGAGGCUGACUCUGUAAACCGCUUAGAGAGGGCUGGAAAACACUGUGAAGCAGUAUAUGUCUAAUUACUAUUGCUUCCUUCCUUCCUUCCUUCCUUCCUCCUCCUCC